AUCAUCAUCUUCAACCUUCUCUCAAUCCAAAAUUCUCUCUUUUACUAAAACUGUUUCAAUAUCUCUCACUCUUCUAAAGCUUCUAUCUUCUUCACUUUUCCACAAACAGAUAAAUAAAAAGUUUCAAUCUUUGAGACUUUCUCGAUGGAACUUAUCCCCAAUCUUCCCAACGACGUUGCUCGCGAGUGUCUCCUUCGCGCCUCCUACAAACAGUUCCCUGUCAUCGCCUCCGUUUGCAGAGGCUGGAACAGUGAAGUCUCUCUCUCUGACUUUUUACAUCAGCGAAAAGCUUCACGCCAUAGCCAAGAACUUCUUAUUCUCUCACAGGCUCGUGUCGAAGCCUCCGCUGGAUCCGGAAAGAUUUUCGCUACGCCUGAAUACCGGGUCUCUGUUCUCGAAUCCGGGUCGGGUCUUUGGACGGAGCUUCCUCCGAUUCCUGGUCAAACCAAAGGACUUCCUCUGUUCUGCAGAUUGGUUUCUGUUGGAUCCGAUCUUAUUGUCUUGGGUGGGCUUGACCCGGUUACGUGGCAGGCCUCUGAUUCGGUUUUCGUCUUCAGUUUCCUCACUUCCAAGUGGCGCGUGGGGGCAACCAUGCCAGGUGUACGGAGAUCCUUCUUCGGAUGCGCUUCGGAUUCGGAUCGGACGGUGUUGGUUGCGGGUGGACACGACGAAGAGAAAUGUGCGCUGACGUCAGCAACGGUGUAUGAUGUGGCAGAAGACAAGUGGACGUUUUUGCCGGAUAUGGCGCGGGAACGAGACGAGUGCAAAGCGAUAUUCCACGCUGGCAGAUUCCACGUCAUCGGUGGAUAUGCCACUGAGGAACAGGGGCAGUUCAGUAAAACCGCUGAAUCGUUCGAUGUAUCUACGUGGCAAUGGGGUCCACUUACGGAUGACUUUGUCGACGACACCGUUACCUCUCCGAUCUGCACCGCCGGUGAAAACGGAGAUUUGUACGCGUGCUGGCGUGGUGAUGUGUUGAUGUUUUUAAAUGACACGUGGCAGAAGGUGGGCCAGAUCCCUGCUGAUGUGUACAACGUGAUUUACGUGGCAGUGAGGCCAGGGAAGCUGAUUGUGAUCGGCAACGGCAAGGCAUUGGCUGGAUAUGGUGAAGCCACCGUAGGGUAUACAUGUGAUUUAAGUAGCGCACGAUGGGUAAAAUUGGAAACACAUGUUGGUCAUGUUCAAGCUGGUUGCUUCUUGGAGGUCUAAUGUAAAACCUCCAAUCUUUGGAGUCUGGACCUAAAUCCCAACAAAUCAUUCGGUUUUCUUGUGUGUUAAUGUAUAAAUCUUUUCAUGAACAACCAAAUAAAGAAAUUUAGUUGAG